AUGGAGGGUCUGUCUAUGGAGGCCAGUGUUUCUGCAGCUCUGCUGAUGGCAUCCUGUCUGCUGGCACUGUCUCAGCCCAGCUGUGAUCAGACCCAGUUUCUGCACUCUAAUGGCAGUUGUGUGGACUGUCCUGUCUGUGGACCUGGGGAGCAGCUAACAGACGACUGUGGCUAUGGGGAUAGGGGAGAGGGCAGCCGCUGUGUGGUCUGUCCAGAGGGGCAGUUCAGUGCUGAGACUGGGUUGGCCCCCUGCUGGCAGUGCACUCGUUGUAUUCUGCUAAACCGCCAAGAGAGAGCAGUGUGCUCACCCACCAACAAUGCCCAGUGUGGCAACUGCCUCCAAGGGUAUUAUAAGCUCAGAAGUAGGAGUGGGGAGGUGGACCUGUCGUGCAUGCCCUGUUACAGCCCCACAGGCAAGGUCCGGAAAGAGUGUUUACCUCUGCAGUCGAAACACACCUCCACAGCAGUGACGCUGGAUACGGUCCAAGUCUCCAUGGCUCUUAUUGGUUCAGUGACUGCCGCCUCAAUCUUCCUACUGCUUCUGUUGCUUUGGGCCUUACUACUGAUCAUUGAGAGAUUCAAACAGGUUCCAAAGUACUGUCCUGAAGGUCUACAUUCUGAAGCAGACACAGCCUUCCCACGGAAUACACUCCUCUCCUACACCACAGAGACUGGAGAGAUACCACCAGUACCCCCCUCAGAGAGUCCUGGACCAACCCAGGACGCCCACCACAGAUGCCUAAGCUCACUGAGCCAUGAGGGUGAAGUGCAUCCCACCUCUAUUGUCAUCAAUGUCACCACCAACAUCAAGCCCUCCCCUCAACAUAGAGGUGAAGACAGCCCCUGGGAGGAUCAGAGAGGACUCUGUCACACACCAGAGGAGAUGGAACAAAAACUGCUGGAAAUCUGCACAGUUGCUCAAGGUCAAAGUCUGGAGGAGCUAAACUAUGACACAGUCCAGGACCUGUCUCUGCUGCUGGACUCAGGGGGCCAUGGCCGGGGCAGCGGGGUGAGAAGGCUGGGCUAUUCCCUGGGUGUCCCUCCUGAGGUCCUUUCUAACCUCCAUGGCUUCCAGGAUCUCUUCCAGUACCUGCGCACCUCCACCUACAUCCUACUGCCCCAACUGGCCCAAGCCGCCGCCCUCCUGCAACACCCUGAAGUCGUUGCUAGGAUACAUCGUGGUCUGGUGGCCAAUCACACAGAGACAUCCAGGCCCUAG